GAAACGUUCCCCAGUGAGACAACCGUAAGGACAAAGUCUCGUCCCACUACUUUUAGUGAAUAUACAAAAAGGGAGACUCCCAUGGCAACGUCCCUUCCGGCCCUGAGCACUGAAUCCAUAUCCAUGAGCAGCACUUCAAGCCCAACCACCACAGCUGAGAACAGCACCCUCUCCGAGUCUGUCUCUACACCCAAUAUUUCUAGGCUGACCUCCACUGCUGGGGCAAGCACCGUCUCCAAGUCUGUCUCCACGCCCAGCGCUUCCAGCCCAAGCUCUGUGACCGAGGGCAGCACCAUCUCUGAGCCUGUCUCCAUGCCCAGCGCUUCAAGCCUGACCUCCACGGCUGAGACCCACACCAUCUCUGAGUCUGUUCCCUCGUCCAGUGCUUCAAGCCUGACCUCCACGGCCGAGACCCACACCGUCUCCGAGUCUGUUCCCUCGUCGAGUGCUUCAAGCCCGACAACCGCAGCCGAGGCCAGCAGUGUCUCUGAGCCCGUCUCCAAACCCAGAGGUUACAGCUCGAGCUCUGCGACCGAGGCCAGAACGAUGUACAAGUCCGUUUCCACGCACAGCCUUGCCAGCUCGACCUCCACCGUCGAGGCCAUCACCAUCACACAGCCAGCAGUCUCUGAAUUCACCACCAGUGAGAAAACCGUGACAUUGGUUCCUCCUCAUCCAACUGCUACUGAACUCACAAACAACCGUGACAUUGGUUCCUCCCCACCCAACUGGGAUGGAAUUCACACGUACGGAGACUACCAUGGCAAACUCUCCUUCUCUUCCAAUGACAGAGACAUCCACACCCAAUGCCAUAACAUCUUCAGUGCACACUACAAUGGAAACAAGCAACAUCCUGAGCACAGCCGAAAUUUCCACAAGGGAGGAAAGUCUGACGACUACUUCCCAGUCUCCUCUGACAGCAUCGUCCAGUGA